AUGGCCCGCGACUGGUUCCCGCUGCAGCCUGCGAGCCACCGGGCCCGCCUCCACCGGCCCGGGUCCGACCCGGCGCCUCGCCCCUCGGCCUCGCCGCCUACGCCCCGGGGACCUGCGAAGGCAGGCAUGGUCCCGCCGGGUGCGCCGUCAGGCCGCGCCAGGCGGGGAUUUUUGACAUCCUGUGAAGCAGAACUACAGGAGCUCAUGAAACAGAUUGACAUAAUGGUGGCUCAUAAAAAAUCCGAAUGGGAAGGGCAGACACAUGCUCUAGAAUCUUGCUUGGACAACCGUGAACGAGAACUUAAGACUCUCAGGAGUCAGUUGGAUGUGAAACAGCAAGAGGUUGGAAUGUUGCAUCACCAGGUAGAAGAACAUGAAAAAGUCAAGCAAGAGAUGGCCAUGGAGUAUAAGCAGGAGUUAAAGAAACUACAUGAAGAAUUAGGCAGAUUGAAGAGAAGCUAUGAGAAGCUGCAGAAAAAGCAAAUGAGGGAAUUCCGAGGAAAUACCAAAAAUCACAGGGAGGACCAGUCUGAAAUUGAGAGGUUAACUGGAAAAAUAGAGGAAUUUCGUCAGAAAUCACUGGACUGGGAGAAGCAACGCUUGAUUUAUCAGCAACAGGUAUCUUCUCUAGAGGCACAAAGGAAGGCGCUGGCUGAACAAUCAGAGAUAAUUCAGGCUCAGCUUGCCAAUCGGAAACAGAAAUUAGAGUCUGUGGAACUUUCUAGUCAGUCAGAAAUUCAGCACCUGAGCAGUAAGCUGGAGCGGGCCAAUGACACUAUCUGUGCCAAUGAGUUGGAAAUAGAGCGCCUCACCAUGAGGGUCAAUGACCUGGCUGGAACCAAUAUGGCUGUUCUGCAGGAACAGCGGCAAAAAGAGGAAAAAUUGAGGGAAUCAGAAAAACUAUUAGAGGCUCUGCAGGAAGAAAAGAAAGAAUUGAAGGCAGCUCUUCAGUCUCAAGAAAAUUUAAUUCGUAAGGCAAGAAUGGAGAAGCUACAGGAAAAAUUAAAGGCAACUAACACUCAACAUCCAGUAGAAGCCAUAAGACCACUGGAGGAGUCCCAGCCAGACAGGAAUUACACCCCUCAGGGGCAAGGGGACUUAGACAAUGUCCUCUCCCAACUGGAUUUUACCCACACUAGUGAAGAACUUCUGCAGGCAGAGGUGACUCGUCUUGAAGGCAGUUUGGAAUCUGUGAGUGCAACAUGUAAACAGCUGAGCCAAGAACUAAUGGAAAAAUAUGAAGAAUUGAAGAAGAUGGAAGGAUAUAACAAUCAGUACAGGGCAGAGAUUAAGAUGUUGAAAGAACAGAUUUUACAGGCUGAACAAAGUUACAGCUCUGCACUAGAAGGGAUGAAGGUGGAAAUCUCUCAGCUAACUCGGGAGUUGCAUCAGCGAGAUAUCACUAUUGCUUCUGCCAAAGGCUCUUCCUCAGACAUGGAAAAGCGACUUAAAGCAGAGAUGCAAAAAGCAGAAGAAAAAGCAGUAGAGCGUAAGGAGAUUUUGAAUGAGCUGGACUCACUCAGGUUAGAAAAUCGUCGUCUUUCUGAAAUGGUGAUGAAAUUGGAAUUGGGUGUACAUGAGAGUUCCUUGCCUGUAUCUCCCCUUGGCUCAAUAGCUACCAGAUUUUUGGAAGAGGAGGAACUGAGGUCUCAUCAUAUUCUAGAGCGCCUGGAUGCCCACAUUGAAGAACUAAAAAGAGAGAGUGAAAAGACAGUGAGACAAUUCACAGCCCUAAAGUAGCCUCUCUAAAAAAAUCACAAACUUGGAAAUAAAAACAAACACCAAAGAGUUACUGUCGUAUGUGGUAGCAGCUCUGUAAAAACAUGAACAUAUAAAACUUUAAAGAUGAUACGUACUAAAGCAGUGGUGAAGAAAUCUGAAAAAUGGAUACUUCUCUUAGACAUUUUCACUGCUCUGAUUUGUCUGAAGGACUGCUUCCAGCAGUA